AUGAAUGAAGAGGAAAGACAUAACAUUCGUAAACUAUGUGAGGAAUACAAGGAUAUAUUUUAUUGUGAACGGAUACCUUUGAGUUUUAGUAAUCAGGUUAAACACUUCAUUCGGACUAAAAACGAGGACCCUAUAUUCACAAAACCUUACAGACUAGCCCCCGUAAAAGUAACAGAGAUAAACAAACAGGUCGAUAAACUUCUAUUAGAUAAUGUAAUUCAGGAAUCUUUCUCCCCAUGGAAUUCUCCCGUACAUCUUGUUCCAAAAAAGGCUGAUGCUUCGGGCGAAGUUAAAUACAGAACGGUCAUAGAUUACAGAAGGCUAAAUGAAAUUACAAUUGAUGAUAAGUACCCCCUUCCAAAUAUUGCAGACCUUUUCGAUAAACUAGGUAAGAGCACUUACUUUUCGACACUCGACCUGGCCAGCGGCUAUCACCAAAUUGAACUUAAUGAAGAUGACCGACAGAAAACUGCCUUCAGCACCCAAAAUGGACACUAUGAGUUCCUCAGGAUGCCAUUUGGAUUAAAGACACCCCCCGCCACCUUUCAAAGGGCUAUGAAUAACGUCUUAAGAGGGUUGCAAGGAAUCCAUUGCCUUGUGUACCUUGACGACGUUAUUAUCUUUUCCGCUAGUCUACAAGAACACAUGGAGAAACUCCGUACAGUUUUUGACCGACUUAGAAAGACUAACAUGAAAAUACAAUUAGACAAAUCUGACUUUUUCCGAAAAGAAGUUUUAUAUCUUGGACACACCAUAACUAAAGACGGACUGCGACCAAACGACGACAAAAUUAAGGUAAUACAGAAUUAUCCUCUUCCUAAGACAACCACCGAAAUCAAAAGUUUCCUUGGGCUGGUUGGAUAUUAUAGAAAAUUUAUAAAGGACUUUGCGAAAAUCACACAGCCCCUAACAUCGUGUUUAAAGAAAAAGAAUAAGAUAAUUAUAGAUCAAAAUUAUAUAGAUGCUUUUCAUAAAUGUAAAGAAAUAUUGACCAGUGUCCCACUACUACAAUACCCUGAUUCGACUAAACCGUAUAUAUUAACUACCGACGCUUCGAAUGUAGCUCUUGGUGCAGUAUUAUCACAAGGACCAAUAGGGUCAGAUAAGCCUAUUGCAUAUGCCAGCCGCACACUUAGUAACACCGAGUCACGAUACAGCACAAUAUAG